CUCGCUCGCAGGCCCUGCAGUAAAGGGUCUCCACCACAGACGUGUCCCCAGAGUCACUGUGCUCAAUCAGGUGCUGUUUCACCAACAGGUUGGAGUGCAGUGGCGUGAUCUCGGCUCACUGCAACCUCUGCCUCCCGGAUUCAAGCGAUUCUCCUGCCUCAGCCCCCCAAGUAGCUGAGACUACAGGCGCGAGUUUUAUCAAUAAAGGCCCUGAAGGCCCAGGUUGCUUUUCGUCUCUCAUCUCCACCUGAAGAGAAAUACCCACAGGUGUGGAUGGGGCAGGUCCCCUUAAAAUUUCCUUCAGUCAGCAAGCAGAGAAGCCUUUCUUCCCACUCAGACCCCAGUCAAGGCUUCUGAAGCACUGGCCUCCAGCGCAUCCAGCCGCGGGCCCCUUUUGCUCAAUAACGGUUUCUAUGGAGACAUCUGUGAUGCCACCACUGCUCCCAGGAGCCCACAGGACCUGGAGCUCUGGAAGCUGAUCUCCUCCCACUGCACCAGCCAGCAGGUUCAUGUUCAAGGCCAUCUUCCCCUCCACACCCCAAGCCAGGCUGAAGAGAGAUCCACGGGAAAAGCCGGGCCUGUCCUCAUUCAGGUCCACAUUCAGGCGACAAAGCUCACUUGGUCUUUGCGUCCCACGCCUCAUGUCACCUAAGGAGGCCAGCCCGUCUGAAAGGCACAGUUCGAUGUCCAGCUCGAUGACCAGGGCCCUGGUGCUCCUCCAGAGCGUGGCCAGCCGGGACACCCAGUGCCCAGAAUGGAAACUGCACCAAAAGCCACGUGUGCUCAGCAAGUCGGUCCAGACCAUCAGCUACUACUACAGGAAGACGAGUGAACCCAAGGAUGCCGUCAGCCUCACCGGCUUCAUGUCCGAAAUGGAGGAACUUCGAACGGUCUUCCCCACGCGUCCUGACUGCCCCCAGUUCAGCACCAGGGCCACAUCCACGUCCCACUGUGGUUCACCCACUGAGGCCGAUUUGUCCGGAGAGAUUGACAACAGCUCGGAGACCUGGAGAGGCACCCAGGACCUGUUCUUGGCCAGGCGGGGCUCGGACACAAACGUGGACGGGCACCUCCUUCCCUUCAGUAAGAGCAUCUGCGAGUUCAAUUACUUGCGGAAGAGGAGCAAAUCCCAGACUUUGAGUCCAGUCACCAGCAGCUCCAUCGCAUCUCAGAGCUGCCCGAGAAAGAGGACGCCCUGGUACCUCUCAGUCAUCCACGAGAAGGAUCACUGCCUGUCUGAGCUGGAGAUACAGGUUCAGAAGAAAGACGAGGAGAUCCUGCUGCUCCAGGAGGAGAGGGAGUCCCUGAAGACGCAGCUGAAAUGCCUCCUGAAAGGCAAAGCCCAAGAGACAUCCAUGUCCCCAGGCAGGAGGGAGCAGCUCUCAGAUGCUUCGCUGAAGCUGGACAGGCUGCGCCUCCUGAAGGCCUUCUCCAGAGAUGAGGAGGAGCUGCAGCACCGGCAGCAGAUGCAAGAGGAGUCUGCGGCACCAGAGAUGGGCAAGGAGCCGGACCUGGGAGGCGGCGAGGAGGACAAGGGCCCAGAAAGGGAGCCCAAGGGGGCGGAGGACACGGGUGCCAGGGGAGGUGUGAGCCAGAUGGGGGCCAUGCAUGAGGAGGGAAGCGAGGAGGAGGAUGAGGAGGAAGGGGACAGGGAUGAGGACUCAGAGGAAAGAGAGCUGCUGGAGGAGGAAGAGAUCCCCAGGAGAAGGGCCUCCUCCCUGGCCGAGUCAUUUGAGGAGGAGCUGCUGGCCCAGCUGGAGGAGUACGAGCAGGUCAUCCUGGACUUCCAGUUCAACCUGGAGGCCACCAGGACCAGAUACUCCCUUGCAACAGGAGUGAUUGCGUCUUUACAACAACAAGUGGAUUUCCAAGAAUCCCAGCUGCGAAAGAUCAAUACGGAAAAUGAGAUGCUGCAGAAGGAGCUCCGAGAGCGGAGGCAGCAGCUACAAGCCAUGACCGACAAGUUCUCCAACCUCCGAGAAGAUAAGAAACACCAAGAGAUGAUGGGGCUCAUUGAAAAGGACAACCAGCUCCUCCGACAGCAAGUGUCGAAACUGGAGAGAAAGCUCACCAAGCGGGACUGCGUCAUCUCAGAGUUGGACACCAAGGUCAGCCAGCUGCAGGAGCAGGUGGAACUGGACCAGAACCACCUGCAGAGGUGGAAGCAGCUGCAGGAGGAUUUGCAGAGCAAAAAGGAGAUGAUUCAGCAGGCGGAGCAGCACGCCCGCGUGGCCCUGGAGAGCUCCCAGUCCAGGCUCGAGAGGUUAAGGAAUAAGAUCAUCCAGGCCACCUUUAGCAUCUCCGGGACCAAGUCCUUGGCCAAUGAGAUCUCUGACAAUGACAUCCUGGAAGCCCUGCAGAGAAUUAUCUCAGAGAGAAGCGACUACUAUAAUCAGCUGAAGCAGAAAGGCGUCAAAGUGCCCCCCCUGCAACAGUCAGAGGCCUUCCUGACCAGCAAAUCCAAGAAGGGGACCUCCAAGUAGGCCCAGCCAGGCCCCCAAAUACUGUCAGCCCAGCAGAGGCCGGGGCACAGCUCCAGAACCACCCGCCCCCACCAUGCGUCCUGCUCUCAGACUCAGAAUUAAACCCCGGUGUUGGCACUGUCCCACCUUUUUCUUCUCUGGGAUCCACGCGGGCGCCUACUCUCCUCUGCGACCUUGAGCUACGACGACACUCCCCAUUCCAAAGCUCACUCACUGGGAGUCAGCACACCAGCCUGUGCCCCUAGCUCCUAGCAGGUCCCCUUGAGGCACCAGGCUGCCAGAGGCCUGAGCCGGGGUAUCCGCCCAGCUCUCAGCACAGACCUCAUGCCUACUGAGCAGAGGGGGUCUGUGACCUUCUGCCCUGGGGGCUCUCCUGGCUGGGGCACUCUC